CAAGGAGACGGCAGCUUUCCUAGAUGGCGCCAAGAACUACGCCAUGUACUCCUGCAUCGUGGGCGCAGUAAACUUUCUCUUCAUUUACGUUUGCAUCUCUACCUUCAACUGCGUCGCACAUAGGCAGGUCCACCGUAUCCGUGAACUGUACUUGAGGUCUGUGCUGCAGCAAGACAUGGCGUGGUACGACAUGCAUCAGACGGGAGACUUCGCCAGCCGCAUGUCAGGGGACCUGUCGAAGCUGGAAGACGGGAUCGGGGAGAAGGUGGUGAUGUUCAUCAGGAGUAUAGUGGGCUACGUCGGCUGCGUGGUGAUGGCCCUGGUGCGUGGCUGGGAGCUGGCCCUCGUCUGCCUGCUAUCCCUGCCUCUGUGCGUGGUCUCGCUCAUAGCCACAGACGUGUAUUCCUCCCGGCUCGCGGACAAGGAAGCGGACGAAGAAGGCAAGGCGGGCGCCGUGGCUCGGGAGGUGUUCGCCGCCAUCCGCACCGUAGUCGCUUUCGACGGACGGGACAAGGAAGCAGAGAGGUACAGCGAGAAACUCCAAGGUGCCUUUAACAUUAGCAAGAGAAAAAAUUUCAUAAACGGAAUAAACGAAGCAGUAUCAUGGAUCUCAAUGUUCGGCGGGUACGCUGUAGCGUUCUGGUAUGGUGUGGAACUCAUUAUCAGAGACAAAGACUACCCUGAGAGCCAAAAGACCUAUGACGUCAGCACAAUGAUCACUAUUUUCUUUUCCGUUAUGAAUGGGACGUGGGUGUUCUAUUCGGUGACUUCUCGUGUUGAGGCUUUCUCUACCGCUAGAGGCGCUGCUGCCAAGAUAUUUGCUGUAAUAGACCGCGAGUCGCGCAUCAGCAGUCUGUCUGAUGAGGGGGACAAGCCGCACUACGCUCGUGGGGAUAUCACCUUCAAGAACGUCCACUUUGAAUACCCGUCACGGCGGCGAGUUCAGAUUCUUCAAGGCCUCAACCUGAAAGUCAAAGCUGGCGAGACAGUGGCUCUUGUCGGCUGCUCCGGCUGUGGGAAGUCCACGUGCAUCCAGCUUAUUCAAAGAUUCUACGAUCCUCGCCUGGGAUCAGUGGAGCUGGACGGUCGUGACUUGAGGACGCUGAACGUGGGCUGGCUGCGCUCGCAGAUCGGCGUGGUGGGCCAGGAGCCGGUGCUCUUCCAGACCACCAUCGCGGAGAACAUCCGCUACGGGCGAGACGACUGCACCAUGGAGGACAUCGAGGAGGCUGCCAAGACAGCCAAUGCCCACGGAUUCAUCUCUAAGCUACCGCAGGGCUACGACACGCUGGUAGGAGAGCGCGGGGCCCAGCUGUCGGGCGGCCAGAAGCAGCGCAUCGCCAUCGCCAGGGCGCUGGUGCGCCGCCCCAAGAUCCUGCUGCUGGACGAGGCCACCUCUGCUCUGGACACCGGCAGCGAGGCCAAGGUGCAGGCCGCGCUAGACAGGGCCAUCGGGGGGCGAACGACGAUCAUUGUAGCACAUCGGUUGUCUACGGUACGCAAUGCGGACAGGAUCGUUGUUCUGUCUGGAGGAGUCGUUGUCGAGGAGGGAAGCCACGACCAGCUGAUGGCGCUCAACAGCCAUUACCACGCGCUCGUCACUACUCAACUGAAGACUAACGAAACCGGCAAACGCAUAGGAGACGACCGGCCGGUCCUGGAGAGGCUGCAGAGUGAACGCAGCGACACGUCCUCCGUGGUGGGCGACAGGGUUGCUGCAGCUGACGUGGUGGCGGAUGCAGAAGACGAGGAGGAGGCGGUGGCGGUGGGCCACGCGGGCGUGCUGCCUGUGCUGCGCCUCAGCGCCCCGGAGUGUCCCCUGCUGGCCACGGGGACGCUCAGCGCGCUCGUCGUGGGUGUCAGCUUCCCCGUCUACAGCAUGUUCUACGGGGACGUCAUCGGGGUCCUUUCUGAGCCGGAUCCAGUUGUUCUCCGCAGUCAGACAUACUGGUACUGCGCCGUGUUCAUCAUCAUGGCUGUCGUUAUGAGCAUAAGCUCUUUCUUACAGAUAUACACAUUCGACGUCGCCAGGGACAGACUGACUAUGCGGCUGCGCAAGCUCACAUUUUCGGCGAUGCUGCGCCAGGAGAUGGCGUGGUUCGACGACAAGAACAACAGCACUGGCGCCCUCUGUACCAGGCUAACCACGGAUACUUCAGCCGUGCGAGGGGCUACAGGCCAGCCAAUCAACUCAGUGGUGCAGGCGCUUGCGACGCUGGUGCUCUCUGUUGGACUGUGCCUGUACUACGAGUGGAGACUAGGACUGUUGACGAUCGCAUUCAUGCCCGUCCUGAUGGCGUCCGAAUACUACGACGCCCACGUGGAGAAGGCGGGGGAUGAGCGCAUGCGGAAAUCGCUAGAGAAGGCCACCAAGGUGGCAGUGGAGGCUGUUGGUAACAUCCGCACGGUGGCGGGUCUCUGCCGCGAGCGUCAGUUCCACGCCCAGUACCUUUCAGAGUUGCGGCCAGCACUGCAUCUUGCUGAACACAUCACGCAUGUGCGUGCAGCUGCCUUCAGCCUUUCAUGGAACAUUAGCACUUUUGCCUACGCUACGUGCUUGUAUUAUGGAGCAACACUCGUCCAUGCUGACGGUGUGCCCUAUCAGGACGUCUUCAAAGUGGCUGAAGUUUUGAUAUGGGGUACCGGCACCAUCGCAAGUGCCUUGUCCUGCGGUCCCAGAUUGAGGAAAGGCCUAAGAUCUGCUUCCAGAAUCUUUAAUCUGUUGGAGCGUCGACCUUUGGUAACGGACCCGCAACAUCCUACAGAUGACACAUGGGUGGCGGAAGGUGAAGUGCGUUACUCGGACGUGGAGUUCAGCUAUCCAACUCGACCCGACUCCGUGAUCCUGAGGGGCCUGGACCUGAUUGUGAAGCCCGGUCAGACCGUGGCGUUGGUGGGUCCGUCUGGCUGCGGCAAGUCAACCUGCGUACAACUUCUGGAGAGGUUCUACGACGCCACCUCUGGUACUGUGGCUCUCGAUGACCGUGAUGUGUCCAAAGUCAAAAUGUCUUCCCUGCGAUCGCGGCUGGGGCUGGUGCAGCAAGAACCUGUCCUCUUCGACAGGACAAUCGGCGAGAACAUCGCAUAUGGUGACAACAGCCGCGACGUACCCAUGGAUGACAUCAUUGAAAUGGCUAAGAAAGCAAACAUCCACAAUUUUAUAAAGACUUUACCUAAGGGUUACAACACACUUGCGGGAGACAAAGGAGCUCAACUCAGUGGGGGCCAGAAACAGCGAGUGGCAAUUGCAAGGGCCUUACUUCGCAAUCCCAGUGUCCUUAUACUGGAUGAAGCAACGUCGGCACUGGACUCGGAUAGUGAAAAGAUUGUUCAAGAGGCACUCAAUAAGGCGAAAGAAGGACGAACUUGCGUUACAAUCGCGCACAGGUUGUCAACAGUUCAAGAUGCAGAUGCUAUAUGUGUCAUCAGCAAUGGAAAAGUUGCUGAGAUGGGAAGUCAUGCAGAUCUUCUAGCAAAGCGAGGCAUCUACUAUAAACUUCAUAAAAUACGUUCUGGCUCCAAAUUAAUAUAUACUAUAACAUGCCUUUUGCCAAUAAGAAAAUCAAAAUUUUUAAAAGUGAAAAGAAUUUAUCGAUUUUUAUAUAUAUACUAUUUCAACCAUAAAGGGGAUCACUAG